AUGGCCCAUUCCCCACAUCCCCGCAUCGGCGUAGGAAUCUUCCUCCUACAUCCCACCCAUCCCCUCUCCACUCCCACCUCCCCCAUCUUCCUCAUGGGCCAACGACUCGGAUCGCUCGGCGCAGGCAAGUGGGCUCAUCCAGGAGGACAUCUCGAAUUCGGCGAGGGACUUGAAGAAUGCGCUAUACGAGAAGUAGAAGAGGAGACCGGAUUAUGUUUGAAGAGGGAAGAUGUACGGUUCUUGACAGUGACGAAUAGUGUUAUGGAUGGAGAUGGGAAAGAUGAAAGUAAGGAAAAGAAACACUAUGUGACAAUUUGGAUGGUGGGGAGAUGGGAUGGAAAAGGAGAGGGGCCGAGGAACGCGGAGCCGGAGAAGUGCGCGGGGUGGGAAUGGGUGCGCUGGGAAGAUAUGAAGGGAUAUGGAGAGGGAAAUGGGGAGAGGAAAUUAUUUGAGCCGGUGAGCGAUCUUUUGAGGACUAGGGGAGAGGUACUACCUCCUUGUUUUGAGGGAGGAGUCGAGGUUGAAGUUUGA